AUGGCUUUUGUAUAUCAAGCAGAAAGAGAUAUUAACAAUGCAUCUGGAGCUUUGCCAUCUAAUGUAGGUCCUGGAAGUUACAUAGAAAAUAAAAAAUAUGAAGUUCGAGCUCAUGCUGCUCCAUUUAAUACACAAGUUGCAAGAAGCAAACCAUUAAAAAAAAGCAAUUCACCUGGUCCUGGCAGUUAUAAUGUUGAAUUUGUCACUGAAGGGUAUUAAUAAUUUUUAAUUGUGAGUUAACGAGUUGUUUUAUAAUCAGCACAAUCUGAAGUCAAAAUUGUAGAAUAAUAAAAACAACAAUCAGUUUUUAUGUCAUAAACAAAAAGAUUUUAGGAACCUAAAAUGUUGGAAACUCCAGGGUAUCAUUUUAAAUAUAUUUGAGUCCUGGUGCUUAUGAUUCUACAUAACAAAAGAAAAUGGUUUAAUAACAAUAUACAUCCUAAAAUUAUAUUGAUCAUCUAAUGAAACUAAAUAAAUAUUAAUCAAUACCAUCUAUUCNUAUAAGAAUCGAAAUCUUUACCUUCGAGAUAGCGAGCAUAAACAAUCAAAUCCUCAAAACAUUCUAGGUAAUUAAUCAAAUAAGUUGUAGAUCUUUCAAUAAGGUGGAAUCUUCUAUGAAGAUCUAAUUAGACUAAGUAAGUAAACAUGUAAUUGAAAACAAAGAUGACUUUAUCGAUCAAGAUACUCCAUAAUAUUUAUAUUCCAAGCUAUUUAAAGUAUGUAAUUUUAAACAAAUAGGCAUAUUAAAAACUGAUGACUUUAAUUGAAAACUAGCAUGAAGAUGCUUAUUUAAACAAUCAAUUAAUUAGAAAAUUAGGCCCUUAAAUCUAAAAUAUUUUUGAAGUUUCCUGGCUUUUGAUGUAAUAAACAAAAGCAUCUAAAGAAAUUGAUGUAAAUGAUAGAGCUAAAAAGCUAAUAUCGUCUAAAUUUAGCAGAUUCAAAAACCAAAUCUAACAAGAGCAAGAAUCAAAUGGAGAAGUUGAUCCACAAGAUAUUGAAAUAUAGUUUAGUCCAAAAACAUCCUAAAAUUAAACCAUUUUGAGACGAGUUAUUGGAAAAAGAAAUUCGAACGAAUUUUGA